AGAUUCCUAUGUCUCUGUUAGGGUGUAACAUAAACGCGCAGAGGACAUGCACUGUUCUGCAAGGUAUAAAGGUGCAGCUCUUCGAGGUUAAUGCUACAAAACAACUCCCCAGUUUCCACCAAACAAUGACCACCACACUCACUCCCGGCACCUAUGUCAUCAAGUGCGAAAACCCAGGCAAUGAUUUCAUGCAGCUGAGCGGCACUGCUACCGGCUCUGCCAUCUUCGCCUCCACCAGUACAAAUACCACGGCCAACUUUUGGAACGUCUUCCCAACCCUGAACAAAGGCUGGAACAUCCAGUCCUACUUGACUGGCGAUUUUGCUGCGGUUGUGAACGGCAACCUUGUCACCAGUUCCACGCCUUACAGCUGGACUAUCGCCUCUCCCAAUCCCACUACUGGAUAUGCCUACACUAUUCAAGACACCGCGAGUGGGCUUGUCCUCGGCAUAACCCUCAACGGUAGCCCUGUUACGAUCCACGUCGAGGCUUACGACCUUGUUGACAAUAGGCAAGCUUGGUUCUUUGUCGCCACAGAAGUGACUCAGGCUGGUACUUCCACCUGAGAUCUCGGGGAGUUUUGAUAUGGUGUGGCGGCAAUGUUAGAAUAGCUAUCUUGGGAAAGUGUCCGUAUAUGUAUGCCAAUGCUGAUCGUUACAAAUUGAGCUAGUAAGUUUGACUACCUUAACGAGAAACAGAAGAAGACGAUUGGUAGUGUUGGUAUGAUGGAAAUGGUAGUGUGGAUCGGAGAGUCGCGGUGCUA